AUGGAACAAACUUUGGAAAAUGUUGGUGAAACACAGGAGUACGAUAGUGAAGACGACGACGACGGGGAGGGAACGGGCAAGGUAGUUUGUGGGGGAGGUACGGGGGUAACGGUUGAACUGGCGGAAAGCAGUGACGAUGAGGACGUGAAGGGUACGUGGAAGAGGGGAAGGACACAAGAAAUGCAGGACGCUGUCGAGAUCGUUUACCUUGAAGAGGACAGUGGCAGUACCAGUAGCAGCAGUUGCAAAGCGACGAAGCAAAACGAAGGAGAGGCUGCAGACGAUGCUGACGCCGAGGAGGAAGACCCUGAUGUGUUGUACGAGGGGGUUGAGUUUCCCGUUGUUGGGGCAGGAAAUACCGUAGACGUAACGGGUGGUGACAAAGGAAACUCUUCGAAGACCAGUAUAGGAAGCGCUGUGUACGAAAAUGUGGAAUUUCAUAGAAACACAGAGGCAGUGUUGACAACUGAACAAAGGAAUUCGGACAUUCCUGUUAAUUUAGAAGAAUCAGCAAACUGUGUAAAUGAAUUUUCAUCAGAUAUUUAUGAAGACGUCGAAUUUGUCAAUUUAAUGAGUUUACCACGUAAUCCCAACGUAAUUCCUUACAGCGACUCCGGACAUUAUGACAGCACGCAUGCGUGUGUAUUAAACGACGAUCCGAAUAGAGUUACGGAACAGAUCACAGAGGGUGAUGAAAUAGUUGACAGCGGAAGAGAACGGGACAAGGAAGAUGAGGCAAAGUCUUCUGGGCAGAGCAUGCCCGAAAUUGAAUCUAGUUCAGAAUUAGAAAGCAGAGCGCAAGUAGACGACGACGGAAACAUUAAGGAGGUCCUUAGUGAUGUACGGUGUCACGAAAUUGACUUCAGAGAGUACUGA